AUGACGAGCGUAGCUUCAUAUCCUCCCGGCACACAAGCAUCGCCUCUCGACCAGAGAGCUGCACCAGUUGCCCCCGACGGCUACACGCCAGCCCGCGUCUCAUGCCCGGCAAACCGGCCCACCAUCCGCGCAGCAACGGGCCUCUCGCGCAACGAAACAGACUGGCUGCCCCUCCGCACGAACAACACCGUCGAGGCCCUCAAGGACGUCCUCAGCCGCGCCAACAUCAGCGGCCUCGACACGGGCAGAUACAUUGACAAUCUCACCAAUGUCGGGACCGGCCUCCCGAGAGUCGCCAUUGCCAUCUCCGGAGGAGGAUACCGGGCGUUGAUGAAUGGGGCGGGAGCUCUGGCGGCGUUUGACAACAGGUCGACGAAUGCGACGGAGGCGGGACACCUGGGGGGGCUGUUGCAGUCGGCGACGUAUCUCAGCGGAUUGUCGGGUGGGAGUUGGCUUGUCGGGAGUCUCUAUGUACAGAACUUCACGUCGGUUGAGUCCAUCUCCUUGGCCACGGAUGGGUUCUUGAGCACGCUCUGGCAGUUUGACAACUCCAUCAUCAACGGGCCAUCUGGUCAGUCUGUCAUUAGUUACUACCGUCAGCUGUUUGACGACGUCGACGGCAAAAGCAAUGCUGGCUUCAACACCACAAUUACAGACUAUUGGGGCAGAGCUCUGUCUUAUCAGCUCGUCGAUCCAUCUGAUGGAGGACCUGCAUUCACCUUCUCGUCGAUAUCGAAUGACUCAGACUUUGUGAAUGCUCAAGCUCCCAUGCCGCUCAUCGUGGCUAUCGAGAGGACAUCGGGCCAGCUUCAGAUAGCCAGCAACUCCACAAUCUUCGAGUUCAACCCCUGGGAAAUGGGAUCGUACGACCCAGGCCUGGAAGCCUUUGCGCCGCUCCAAUUCGUCGGCUCCAACUUCACCAAUGGUUCCAUUCCUCGUGAUGGAGAGUGCAUUGCCGGAGUUGACAACGCGGGCUUCGUCAUGGGCACGUCGUCUUCUCUCUUCAACCAGGCUUUCCUACAGAUUGGGCGAGUCGAGGGCGUUCCGGAAUUCCUCAUCCGUGCCAUCAACGAGUCGCUGGCCAACGUGGGAUCGGAGAACAGAGACAUUGCAAACUGGCCGAAUCCCUUCUUCGGGUACAACGCCAGCGUCAACGUGAAUGCAAAUACCACCGUUCUGGCUCUCGUCGAUGGCGGCGAGGAUUUGCAGAACAUUCCUCUGCAUCCGCUGCUUCUGGCCGAGAGAGAAGUCGACGUUGUCUUUGCUGUCGACGGUUCUGCCGACACGGAGACGCUGUGGCCCAACGGCACCUCCAUGGUGGCCACCUUCAACCGGUCAGAGGCAAGGGUGUCAUCCAACGACAGCAGGUUCCCAGACGUUCCCGAUCAAAACACCUUUGUCAAUCUCGGCCUGAACCAGCGGCCCACGUUCUUCGGCUGCAGCAACGGGAGCAACACGCCCUCAGGGCCGCUCAUCGUGUACAUGCCCAACGCCCCUUACUCGUUCCACUCCAACGUGUCGACAUUUGACCUGGAGUACAGCGACGCGGAGCGCAACCAGAUCAUACAGAACGGAUACAACAUGGCUACCAUGGGCAACGGCACCGUCGACCCGAACUGGCCGACGUGCGUUGGCUGCGCGAUCCUCUCACGGAGCCUCAUCCGGACGAGGACGGCGGUUCCUGCAAAGUGCAGGGACUGCUUUGCGAGGUAUUGCUGGAAUGGGACGACGAAUGACAGCUUGCCGAAUACGUAUGAGCCUGCGCAGAUUCUGGAGGGUUCGACGCAGCAGGCGGAUUCCUCUUCGGCGGCGAGGCUAGGGGGGACGCUGCUUUUGGCUGUUGUUGCGUUGAUGGUUGCUCUUUAA